ACUAAAGUAAAGAGACGUAUACUUCCAUAUUGCUUCCAAUUACGAAUUUCAUUUUCAGUUUUCUUGAUUUUCGUGAAAUCAUACAUUUUGUUUCAUUUCCUUCAAUUUCGGAGUGGAAUUUAAUUCAUACAGAACAUCCAAUCAAUCUGCUUCUGGAGUGUGAGUACAGCCACAAGAUGCAUUCCAUCGAGUUCAUACACAUAAGGAUAGCGCCACCUUCCAUAAGAAUUGAGGAAAAACUGAUUAAAUGAGAAAAAAGAAGAUUUGCACUUCAAUUCUAUGCAAUAAUUUAUGAAACCAUAACCUCAAAUUUUUACCAUGGUCCAUUUAUCCAAAUCCCGGUUACAGAAACAAACUAACGUUAUAAAUAAAUUAAAUUAAACUUAAUAUGUUCUUCUUAGCUGAAUUGGAAAAUACAGUGCGUAUUCCUCCUGAACUAUUUCAUCUGGAUUUACGGGAGGCUAUUGAACAAGAAUUGAAUAAAGUAUUAGCUAAUAAAGUUCUCAACACCUCUGGUCUCGGAAUUGCUCUCCAUGGUAUUACAGACAUUGGAGAAAGCUUCAUUAAACCAGGGGAUGGAUCCACUUACACAAAAGUAAAAUUUCGAUAUAUCAUGUUCAGGCCUUCUGUGGAAGAAAUAAUAACAGGAAAAGUAAAGAGUGUUAGUCGUGAGGGAAUCCAUGUAACGCUUGGUUUUUUCGAUGAAAUAUUCAUACCACCGAAAUAUAUUCCCCAUCCGUCAAGAUAUUCUGAGGAUGAUCAAGCGUGGAUUUGGGAAUAUGUAACUGGUGAUGGAGAAAAGCAUGAUCUUUACAUAGAUUCAGAUGAUGACAUAAGAUUCAGGGUUAUAGAAGAAAAAUUCUUAGAUAUGACUCCUGGGCUCAAUGGAGAAGUUCCUGAAAUUAGUGAUACAGAAAACCUCAAAUCUUCCUAUUCAAUAAAGGCAAGUAUAAAUGAACAAGGUUUGGGAAUAUUAGACUGGUGGUCUGAUUAGUACUAAAAUAUGGCAGUGGAUAAAUUUAAAUUAUUUUUGUAUAUUAUUGUAUAUAUAUUGAAUAAAAUAAGAGUAAAAUUA